AUGGCACAAACUCCCCAAAUCCGAUCCAUAUACCGCCGCCUCCUCCGCGAACUCCCCUCCACCCCCCAAACAACACGCACCCAACACCAAAAGCUCUCUUCGCCUUCAAAACUCCAACAACGCAUACGCUCCACACUCUCCCGAUCACCCACCAACAGCAGCACACAAUCUCAACUUCAACAAGCGGAGCAAUUCAUACAAUACGUGCAGGCGCAACGCACACAUUCGACGUUGCUGGAGCGGUAUAACCCGGGUAUGGGUAUGACGGAAGAGGAGAGGGUACGAUUGAGUGCGAGGAGGGUAGGUAUGAAUUUGCCCGUCGAGUUUGAGGAGGAGAAGUGA